AAAAACUAGUACUGUUGAUCAGAGUAGGCGUUCAGCCAGCAGUACGUGUGCAGAUUCUGUGUGCCGAUCGGUAUGCUUAAUGCAGUAUGUGUUAUGCACAUUCAAUCGUCAAUCGAGAUUAUUACUCAUUAUUCGCGAAUUCACAAAGUAGGUACUUGACGUCAGCUCGAUCAUAAAGUGACUUUAAUGUUCGUUACGUAUUUUACAUCGCGAUCAAUAGAUAUCAUUUUCAAUUUGAGGCUAUUUCACCAUCACGAUGUUUAGUUUUGCGGUUAAUAUGAACCUUUUACAAUUGAAGGUGAUGUACUUCUUUGGCUACGCUGUGAUUCAUUUCAGGACAGUGUCCACUUACUACUUUUGGAUCAACUAUAGGCAGACAACUUCGUUUUUCUGCCAGUUCUGUUGGAUUUGUGUACUUCACAUCGAUGGUAUUGUCCAUUUUUGGGAGAUUAAUUUUCGGUUAUUUGGCUGAUAAGUUCCGGAUACACAAAGCAUUACUCAUUCUGUCUACCUUACUAUGUUCGUUGGCUAUUCUAUCAAUGGCAUUGAUUCCACAACAAACUCAAGAUAGUCAGGAAGUUUUUGAGAAGGCUUUCGUUUUCCAUGAAAAUGAUACCUCGUUUGAAAUAUGUUUCAGAAACGAUCGAUGGUCUUCCUUGAAAGAAAUUCUGAAUGGAAAAGUUUGCAGGAUGAACUUCCAAAAUAUCAAUUUAACGAUAUCGUUCGCUACAGACCAAAGUUCCAACGCGACUGUGUCGUUUGAUUCAGUUCGUGAAAAUUCGGAAAAUGGAACGUUCUCCUGUUUGGAUGCUUUUAAAACUGGCACCUUUCACGUACUCGAGGCCAAUGGAAUGGAAGAAGGAAAACAUUACGACUUUAGCACGUGUUCGUAUCCGAACGAUGCUGACGAUGCAGAACAGAAAUCUUUAAAACAGGAUAUGCUAUUGCCAUUAUUUUGGAUUUACAUGAUAGUUUCUGCCGUGUAUUAUGUGAUGAGCUACGUUAUGGGCAUUUUCUUGGAUGCAAUUUGUUUUUACACUUUGGAUAAGGAGGAAGGAAAUUUCGGAAACCAGCGAAUGUUUGCGUCAUUGGGCUGGGGAGUGGCAGCUUUAUUUUCUGGAGUUUUAACUGAUUACGUCAGCGAAAAUUCAGAAUUCAAAAAUUACUUGCCAACAUUCACGGUGUCAUUUUUAUUUUUAAUUAUUAUCCUGAUAGGGGCGAUUUUUUUCAAAAUGCCAAAAAUUAGCCAAGCUGCAAAAACAGACUGGAAUGCAGUAUAUGGAAUACUUUGGCAUAAAGAAGCGUUCGUAUUUUCUUGUUGGUGUUUUGUUUUUGGCGUAUGCUCCGGGAUCGUCUGGCAAUACUCAUUUUGGGUCAUCGAAGAAAUAUCAACCAAACACGAGCAAAAUUGGGUGAAAAGUUUACAAGGUGGUAUAACCAUAGUGAAUACAUUUUUGGGAGACGUUCCAGCCUAUUAUUUUUUCGAUCGAAUUUCAUCAAAAUUAGGUUACAUCAAUUGCAUGACGUUAACUUUAGUGUUGCAAGCAAUUCGUCUUUUCGCAUAUUCCAUUUUGAGCCAUCCAAUUUGGGCACUAUUCAUCGCAAUAUUAGAUGGUAUUGGUUUCGGAAUAGGAUAUGCAACGAUUACAUCUUUCGCGAACUUGAUAUCCACUCCUGAAACUAAAACAACCGUGCAAGCGAUAUUUAAUUCGAUAUUCGAUGGAUUAGGUAGGAUCUUCGUUUGGAGCUUUGUGUUUUGGUUUCAUAUACGAUCGAUAUGGUCAUUCGUUGACCUUUCGUAUCGGCUCAUUCGUGGCUAUCGGCUGCACUUGUUUACACGUCUUGAGUCGAUUCUGUAUCAACAAGGCAGCGAUUCGAAAGGCACAUUCGUGAUCCUUAAACAUGCAUUUUGAGUCUGGAGGAACUCUCGUUGAAGAACAACAAGACAUUUGCAUACGGCGGCGGCUGCAUGAAGUAUACUCAUGUCAAUUAUCGAGUUUUUUAUUCAAACAAAUUGUUUUAUAUUUCUAUCAAUUUGAAACUAAUUUACAUAUUAUCACUAUACUCAUGAAUUUGAAGAGAGUGCGAAAAUACGCAGAAUUGUGGGCGAAUCGAGAAAUAAAAAUGGUACCUACUUAUUA